AUGAGGAAAACAACCUCAGUAGGAUCAAAACGCAAGCUUGAAAACACUGAAUUUGCCGAGGUCUCAAGUGGUCCUACCAGUCACCUUGCCCAUCAAGAGGAAUCCGAAAUUAACCACAUGAAAGCUACUCUAUUGGCAGCUGGUUUCAAACUCAACAAAGGCAACAUCAGCAAGAAGGAUCUUUUCAACCUUUACAAGCGUCAUGUCUUUGAAACAUCCAAGGCUAGGAAGCAAAGCAGUGAAUCCACUCCAUACGAUGAAAGGGACCGAGCCAGUAUUCACUCUACAAGAUACAGCCGAACGGUAUACAUAAAGCCUGACGAUGCUGAAGAUGCGGAAAGUCGGGACGAAGAAGGCCUCACUCUUUCAGCUGCUUCCCAUCUGUUUACAUUCAAAUUACCACCCAAUUCCAAUGAGGACCAUCAAAAUCAUCCAGUCUCCCAGACUCCGGCCCCAAGUAGCGAAAUCCCUGCUUUGGCCGAAACUGAGCAACAAAAUCCAUCAAGUGGACCUCUCAGAAAACGACGGACUUCUAGAAGACUUUCAGCUCUUUCCUGUGAUUCAGAAUUACCGGAGGACAAUCAAACUCAAGAAAACACAUCAACUAGAAGACUUCGACCUCGCCAGACUCGGUUGAAAUCGUCAACUGCUGGUUCUGUUUCAACAAUUCUAGAGGAAGAAGCCUUGCCAGUUGCUCCAGAAAAAAUCAAAUCUUCCAAAUCUAUUCGCUCACGAAAACGCGCAAUGAUCAUAAGUCAAAUCAGGAGGAGACAGCAUUGGAUUCGGUUUCCUCAAAAACUAGAUGUAACACCACCACGUUCACUGCCAGCCCUGAAACCGAGGAAAAUGAUUAUUCCCAGAUCCUUGAACUCUGCAUCCACUAAUCACAAUAGUGAUGAUGAGCCAGAAAGUCCCCCCUAUUACCCUACCGUGGAAGAUGACUCCAAUGAUGAGAUGAUUCAGCCUCAAAUACUUUUACAUGAUAGCUCAUCUAGGAAACUCAGCAAAAAAUCCAGGACUCGGACUAACACCAAGUUUCAGCUCUCUUCGCCCGAGUCCAACAUUUCAUUGACCGAACAUGCAGAGAAAAAUUGUGCAACUACGACUUUGAAUCAGGAAUCGAGUGAAGAUACCUCAGAUCUACAUGAAUCAUCUAACUUUCGAAUUUCACCUAUUAAUACAAGAGCUACUACUUCAUUUAAUCAAUUGCCAGAAUCAGACGAGGAGGACGACAGCCAGCCAUUCCCUUUCUCAUCACUCAAAUGGAAAGGUAAAGGACGCGCUAAAAAUCAGGACGGUCCAAAUGAAGAUGACGAAGUUGAAGCUGAGAAUAGGAGCAAGAUACAAAGCGCUCAUUCUUCCUUGAAUCAAGAGACAGAGAAUAGAAAUGAGGAGGAACGGGAUGCCGGGGAUCUUUUUGGGGAAGGAGUUAAUUCAGUACAUACAAAUGGUCACUUAGGUUUAGACGGAGAAGAGCCUCGUGCAAAAGAACAAGAUUCAAAUGGCCACUUUGAUCAGAAUGAGAUGGAUGAUAUCCGGGAUCUAAGGAAGGCACUUAUUCUUCUAAGCUCACUGACAACAGAUAAUUCAAACGAAAUAAAAUCAUGGAAUCACAAAUUUGAUGAGAAGUUUUCCGUACUUACCAACCUGGUACAAUCCGCUAUCAACCAGAGCGAAACUAGGAGGCCCAAUCGAAGGACACCUGCAACUUCUUCAACAAAUAACUCGGAAGUUUUUGGAGAUUCAACACCCAAUGAAAGCCCAUCUGGUCCCCCAAGAGCUGCCAGGACACUAUACGGCCUGAAGAAGGAUGACAAAGUUGUUCCCAAUGGAGCAACUCCGGCAGAGAAAAGGGAGUGGAUGGCAACGAUAUCUAUGCAAGAAUUACUUGACAAAGCACGAGAUCUUCCAGAAGCUGAGCAGAUCCGCUUUCCUCCAACCGGGGAUCCUUAUUUUCCUUAUCCGAAUGGUCCAGGUGGGGACAAAGCCAGUCCUAGGGCGCUUCACAUUAUGUGGGAUGUAAUGCAGAGUGUGGGAGUCAGAUCCUUCCGCCCCGAUUAUUCAGAAUCCCUUGGCUGCCCUGGAAAUAUUUUUCUUUUCAAGAUUGCCACUGUGAUAUUUAUAAAACUUGUUCAAUCAGGCGAAUACUCAGGUGUCUCUCCUGAUGACAUUGAUGCGGAGAAAGUGUUGAAAUUAAUGAUCAGUCACAUCAAAGGAACUUGGUUUCGGAACUAUCGUGAGCAGCGACAAUGGUCUCGACAACGACUUGAGGCUAGACAUAAGAGGAGAAACCAGCAGAGUCGAGUGAACAGUGUGAGAGAAGGUAGACUCUCGUAUAUCAUGUCUCACAAAGCGUUGUGGGCUUUAGCCCCAGUGGUUCAAAGCUGUUGCAGCGAUGAUGAGACAGACUAUGAAGAUGAAGAAGGUCGGAAGCAUUGUAAGGUUCGGAUUAUCCAAUGGCGAAGUUCUCAGUUGGAUACCAUUUUCCAAGCUAUAGAUGAAGCCCGAGUAAAAAGCAAUCAUGUCAAGUUGUCACCUGGAGUUCAGCCUAGAAUACGGACUCGUAGUCACAAUAAUCCAAUCAGUGAUUUACUUCCACCAGAUGAAAUCCACAAAGAUUGCAUCUCUCAAGUGUAUUAUGAUCAACUUGACACUGUGGAAAAGGCUGAAAUCAAAAUCAUCAACAAGUCGAUCUUACGAGAUAUUAAGGAGAUGAUAGUCAAAAAACUCUUGCCGCUGAAAUAG